AUAAAUUGCUCUGAGAAAGGGACAGGAAGUCUCAGCGUUGGAGAGCAGAGCAGCAAAAUCAUUCAGCAGGAACAGCCUAGCAGGAAGUUUUGGCUGAAGGCUCCCCAGAGGUGAGCUGGCCCACCAGCCACAACACCCAAGACUGGGCGGCAAGAACAGAACCAUCAGCAUCAUGUUAUUGCAGCCCAAGACCAAGAAAGCCUUUGACGCCUUCACUCUGCAGGGCAUCAUUAUCCCCCACGGAGAGAAACCUGGACACAGCUACCAAAAGGAAAACCUGCAGAAAGGUCUGCAAAAAGAAGCCACAGUUCUUGGAAUUAUCCAGAUUCUGUGUUGCCUGAUGAUUUCAAGUAUGGGGGCCAUUCUGGUUUCUGCUCCCUAUUCCCCCCACUUCAAGCCAGCAGUUUCCACCGUUCUGAUGUCUGAGUACCCAUUUGUAGGUGCUCUGUGUUUUGCCAUUACUGGAUCCCUCUCAAUUAUCUCUGGGAAAAAAGCAACUAAGCCCUUUGCCACGAGCAGCCUGAUCUCAAAUGCAGUGAGUGCUGUUGUCGCUGGAGUGGGCCUCUUCCUCCUCGCUGACAGCCUCGUAGCCCUCUGGACUGCCUCUCGGCGGUGUGGCUCAGAAAAGGACUCUCUAUCCUUACUGCCUUAUUCGGGGUAUUAUUAUUCAACACACGAAGUCAAGGACUGUCUCCUGGCCAGUGUCAGUCUAAUAGGUGUGCUGGUGGUGAUGUUUAUCUUCACUGUGCUGGAGCUCUUACAAGCUGCAUUCGCUUUUGUCCUUUGGUGGAAACAGGUCUACUCUAACAACCCUGGCAGUGCAUUUCCCUUGCUUCAGUCACAAGAUCAUAUACAACAUGUCAAAAAGAAUUCUACAAGGUCAUGGAUAUGAGUAAUUCUUGGCUUUGGAAGAAAAAGGAGCAACUCAGUGAUUAUGAUAAAGUGUGAUUAGACCUUCCUGACAUUUCACCUACUUUAGAUACUGAAGUAAACUUUCCAAAAUAGCUUUUGUUUCACACUUGCUCAGUAUGAGUAAGUUUAUUGCUCUUGAAAAUAAUUUCCCAAAAGCCCACAUUAGUAAAAUAUUAUUAGUGAGUCUUCCAAGAUGGCCAUAAACUUUAUAAACUUCUCUGGGUAAACUAUCAGAAAGUGAUUUAUCUAUCUAUAAAUAUGAGGAGAAAAUGUGUACUCUAUGUUCCUAUGACCUAGCUAAGUUGUGGGGCCAUGCAGGCCCUGUUUCUGCAUUAUUGUCACACUUAUAUUGCAUUAGUAUUAGAUAUUAGGGAUUGCAAGAAUAUUUUCAUCAAAAAUAUUUUUUAAAUUUAUGACUCCAUUUCUGUCAAUUGAAGGGACUGAAUUUUUGUCAAUUAAAUAUGGCUUAAUAUUCUA